AUGACCUCCUCGGACGCAAAAGUCCUCUCCCACGGCCCGCUGUCCGACGACGAGGCCCGAUGGAUCAAACUGACCAAAAUCACGUAUCGAGACCCCGCCGGCACGACGCGGACCUGGGAGUCUGCCGAGCGCCGGACCCGGCCCGCCACCACCGACAUUGACGGCGUCGGCAUCGUUGCCAUCCUCGACAAGCCCUCGGGCAAGGAGAUUGUCCUGCAGAAGCAGUACCGCCCGCCCAUCGACAUGGUCACCAUCGAGGUGCCCGCCGGCCUCAUGGACCCCGGCGAGUCCCCCGAGCAGGCCGCCGUCCGCGAGCUGCGCGAGGAGACGGGCUACGUCGGCGUCCCCAGCCAGACGUCGCCCGUCAUGUUCAACGACCCGGGCUUCUGCAACACAAACCUGCGCAUGGUCCACGUCACCAUCGACAUGUCCCUGCCUGAGAACCAGGAGCUCAAGCCCCAACUCGAGGACGGCGAGUUCAUCGACGUCUUUACCGUGCCCCUGGCCGACCUGUGGGACGAGUGCAAGAACUUUGAGGCACAGGGCUACGCCAUCGACGCGAGGAUCGGCACCCUGGCCGAGGGCAUCCUCAUAGCCAGUCAGCUCAGCUGA